AUGUCCAUGAUCACUACCUCCACUUGGGUGCCCCGGGGCUUCGCGGCGCCCUUCCCCUCAAAGUACACAUUUGACGAGAGCGAGUACGAGCGCAUAGCCGAGCUCGCCAAGCUGCAGCUGGACGAUGCCGAGGAGGACUUGAAGGAAGCGCAGGAUGCAGAAGACGGUGUUGCGGCCAGUGCUACAAACGGCACAGAGGAAUCGAAGACGGAAAAGGUUAACCUCGACGAUGAAGACCUGAAGGAAUACGAUCUGGAGCACUACGACGACAGCGACGAGGACGACGAGGAAAAGGUUGGUCAAGGCGAGGGCAUGGCCAUGUUCGGCAACAUCAAGUCACUGGCCUACUAUGAAUCGAACAAGGAAGACCCGUACAUCACGCUCCACGGCAACGGCGGGCCGGACGACGAUGAAGACGAGGACCGCGAGGACCUGCAGAUCCUCGCGACCGACAACCUCCUGCUUGCAGCAAAGGUCGAGGACGAGAUGGCUCACCUUGAGGUCUACGUCUACGAGGACUCGGCCGACAAUCUCUACGUUCACCACGAUAUCAUGCUCCCCGCGAUACCCCUCUGCGUCGAGUGGCUCGAUAUCCCUGUGCAGAAGGCCGGCGUUGACCAGGACUCGAGGGCCAACUUUGUCGCCAUCGGCACCAUGGACCCGGACAUUGAGGUCUGGGACCUCGAUACCAUCGACAGCCUGUACCCCAACGCCAUUCUGGGCCAAGCCGGCGAGGGCGCCGCGGACAAGAAGAAGAAAAAGAAGAAGGCCAGGAAGGCCAACGACGAGUACCACGUCGACGCCGUCCUUGCCCUCGCGGCCAACAGGAAACACAGGAACCUCCUGGCCUCUGCCUCCGCCGACAAGACGGUCAAGCUUUGGGAUCUGCACACGGCCAAGUGCGCCAAGUCGUACUCCUACCACACGGACAAGGUGUGCUCUCUCGCGUGGCACUCGAUUGAGUCGACUGUGCUGCUGAGCGGCAGUUACGACAGGACUGUCGUCGCCGCGGACAUGAGAGCCCCUGAGGCCAAGGCGCCCAGAUGGGGCGUCGAGAGCGACGUCGAGAACAUCCGGUGGGACCCCCAUGACCCCAAUUACUUCUACGUGUCCACGGAGAACGGAAUUAUACACUUCCAUGACGUUCGCAACGCGCCGGCGACACCCGAGGCGACCAAGGCCGUCUGGACGCUGCAGGCGCACGACGAGUCCGUCUCCUCCUUCGACAUCAACCCCGUCGUACCCGGCUUCAUGGCCACUGGUUCGACCGACAAGACCGUUAAACUGUGGAACAUUCAGGCCAGCGGCCCAUCCAUGGUCGUUUCCCGCAACUUGGACGUCGGCAAGGUCUUCUCGACGCAGUUCGCACCCGAUCCCGAGGUCGCAUUCAGACUCGCCGUUGCCGGCAGCCGUGGCACCAUGCACGUUUGGGAUACCAGCACCAACGCAGGCGUUCGACACGCAUUUGCCGAGCGCGUCCCGCAGAGGCCGGAAGGCGUCGAGGAGGACCGUCUCGUCGGCGUUUUGGAUGACGACAGCAGCUCCAGCGAGGACGAGGACGAGGGCGAGGAGGGCGAGAAGGACGGAGACGACUCGAUGGACGAGGACUAA